CAGCAACGGCGCGCACAAGCAGGUGCCGUUCCUCAGGAGCCAUCGCCUGCGCAGAUGGCUUGUGGAAACCAUGGAGGGCAUCUACAUAUCCAUAAGCUCCGACGAUGAGCAUGAGGAGGAAUUGGAGCAAUUUGUGGAGGAUGCAGGUGAUGCGGGCAUGACCCAGCCAUGCCCGCAGGCUUCCCCUGUUUCCCCCCAGCAGGCUUCGACCCAACAGGGCACCUUAAAAAGAGGCGCAGCGGAGUCUGAUGAGAGUUGCGACUUUGAGUUUGAAGGCUUUGAUAGCGAUGAGGAGUUCAUCCCCAAGAGAGCCAGGUUGUCCCGGCCACCUUUACUGCCACAGUGCCACAAGCAAACGGAGGGCUCGAAGCUGCCCUUGCCCAUGGAGCUCCAAGCACUGCUCCCCGCGGAGCAGUUGAGUGCUCCAAGGGAACUGAAAGCAGCCAACGUCCUGACCGAUGAGCAAACCCGCGCGGUGCAAUAUGUGGCCCGGACCGCGAAAGCCAAGAGCGAAGCGGCGCUCGAUGGACUCCAGAGGCGUUUGGCAAAGUGGGGCUACGGCAGGGAUACACUCGGCAAAGUUCUCACCUACAUCCGGGAUGAGGCACCGAUUGUCAUCCAUACUGACUUGAGCAAGCGGCUGGGCGCCUUCAGCAAGGACACCCACUACAGGAACCAGUUCGAAACUGGCACUACCAGUGGCUCCAGCGACAUCGCCAAGAGGAAGGCCUGGGAAAGCCGGCUGUUCCCAGAGAUCUACGACCACGUGAAGGACACGCACCGGGUGAAAUACGGUGUCCUCAAUGCUGUGAAUGACCCGCGUGGCAUCAUGUCCGUAGCGAAGCAGUAUGGCCAGGACUACCUCGUUUUGCGCGCCGUGCGGCUGCGCACCACAUUCUCAGACCGUGAUUCCUGCACACAGGGGCAGCAGGCCUCAUGCGAAUGGUACGCACAUGUUCUCGAGAAGUACACUGAUGCCGAGCUGCAAGCAGUCACAGAGGUUGCUUUGGGAGAUAGACUCUUUGUGGAUUCUGGCGUGCUAGAUACUGCUGCUGGCGGCUACAAGGAGGUGCAAAUUCAUGGGGAUGUUGAAUUCAAGAAGCACCUGGAAGCAGUUGUGGUUCACCAUUCCAGGCAGAAGAGCAAGCUUUUCACAUCGAUCGCAGACUGGUGCAAGGACAUUGACGUUCCACUAUUGUGCAUGCCCGAGUUUUGCGACGGCACAGCUCUGAGUCCCCAGAGCGGACAACUUACAGCUGAGACACCUUUGUGGAAGUGGCGGCCUGCAGGGUCAACAGGACCUUGGGUGCGCUUCGACGCAGUUGCGUCAGCAGUGCUGGAGGAAGGGCGGAGGAAAGAACGCACGGACGUCCCUCGCAUGCCAGCAGGGCAACCCAGAUGGCCGAAGGAGGUGGGCGAGCUCCGCUCCCUGAACACCGCUGCGAUGACCGGCUCCCUCGUCAUCGGCCACAGCGAGGUUCCGCUGUCUUUGGAGAGAAGGACGGCAGGUGACGGGACGAAAGAACAAGAAGCCGAAGCUAGAGCUGCUGGAUGUCAAGACUUUACUUGGGAGUGGUGCGCUUCAGCCAGUGGGCAUGGUGCUUGGUGCAGCUACAACGACACCCUGUCCGAUUUGCUGGAAAAGGACUGGAAGAAGAUGAAAAACAAAGCGUUGUUGAAAAUUGCUGGAGUCGCCUACCAAGUGGACUUUGAGCGGAUGGUCCAGGUGAAUUGCGACACCAAAUACCGCAGACUAGUUCGAAGGCGACCUUCAUCAAGCUGAGUGCUCGAUGAAUCACAUCGCCAAAGUCGCAUGCGGCCA